UUCGCUUCCACUUGUUGACGGGUGGCCGCCGGUGCGAGAUGUGGCCCUUCCCGAAUCUCGCCGCUUCGACCUCGCCGCCGCCGUCCCCUUCGACGACGCUCAUCGGCACCGGAGCGACGCCGUCGCCUCAGCUGCUCCAAACUUCCUCGCCACUCCAAACUGCGCUCCCUUCAUACUGAGAGAGAAGAAAGAUAAACACAGCGCUGCGCUCCCUUCCCUUCGACUAGCUUUCCCACCGCUGUGCGCGUCCCUGGGUGCGUGUUCGUGCGGAUCUCACUUUUGGGAGUUUCGCUUUCGGGUUCUCGCCCUGUCGCGAGAAACAGUGCGUGCGUGGUCGACGUUCUCAACUGUGUGUGCAACUCCCGGAGCGGACGUUUCUUUCCCAUUUGCUCUUCUUUUCUUUCGGCAAAAGGGCGCUCUGUUACUGCGUGAUAGGUUUUAUUAUUUUUUUUUAUCGUGCUCCCGACCAACACACUGGAUACCGCUGCAAUGAGUGAUACGAGAAACCGCUGGCGGGCCUGGAUUCUGGGCUCCGCGCUCUGUGUCCUCCUGCUGCGCGGACCUCGGCCCGGGAUAGCCUACGAAGAUGGUCCCGGCGUCCCGUCAGUGGUCACGAGCCGCGUGGGCGGUGACGCUGCACUGCCGUGCCACCUUCGGCACGCCACGCAGGACUCGUGGGCCGUGUCCGUAUCGUGGUUCAAGCGCGGCCUCUCGGGACCCGUCUACACCGUCGACAUGGGCUCGGGGAAUUUCCUCCAGGCCAGGCACCGGCCAGCGCACCUAUGGGCCGGACGCGCCUACUUCUCUUCGGCCGACGAACCGGCGCUACUCAUGAUCGGAGACGUUGCCGCGGCCGACGCCGGACUCUACGUCUGUUCGGCGUCGUUCGCCAGUGGUGCUCAGCGGAAUUCCACGGUGCGAUUCGUCGUAGUCGUUCCCCCGGAGACACCUGUCAUCAGAGACAAAUUUGGCAACAAAGUGAACAAGGUGGCCGGUCCUUAUCGAGAAGGCGAAUCGCUGACGCUCACAUGUGAAGUUAACGGAGGCGUCCCGGAGCCGACGGUGACCUGGUGGCGUAACGGCACCGAGCAGCUCCACCACACGGCCGACAGCUCGUCGCACGGCGUCUCCCGGUCCACGCUGGAGCUGCCGCAGCUGCACCGGCACGACCUGAACGCGUCGCUCGUGUGCAAGGCCUCGAACCACAACGGAACCUACGUAGUCACCAGCGCCGUCUCACUCGACCUGUAUCUGAAACCAUCCAUGGUGCGCAUCCGGUCCAAGCAGCGUCCACUGGCGGCAGGACUCCCGGCGGAAAUUGAGUGCGAGGCGGCAGGAUCCCGACCACCACCCGUGAUUACCUGGUGGCGCGGGAAGGCCAAGAUAUCCGCCGACCACGUGAAGAUGAUGCCCAUAGGAAAUCGCGUCUUCUCAGUGGUCACCUACACCCCUACUAGAGAGGAUAAUGGCAAGCGACUUCGGUGCGUCGCCGAAAACCCGAACAUUGUAGGAAGUUUCAUCGAAGCGUCUUACAGCCUUGACGUUCACUACAAACCACUGGUGACGCUUCAGCUGGGCAAGCGACUGAGGCUGGAGGAGAUCUUCGAAGGGCAGGACGUGUAUCUGGAGUGCAGCAUCGAUGCCAAUCCGCGCGUAAGCGAAGUGGUGUGGCGCUUCGAAGGCAGCCAGGAUGUUCACUCGGACCCGGCGGCCAAGGUGAUCACGAGCAACCAGUCCCUCGUGUUCCAGGCCAUCCAGCGUCUGAACGCUGGUCGCUACACCUGCGUCGCCAUUAACACCGAGGGCGAGUCGGUCAGCAACGAGCUCCACCUAAAAGUACAGUACUCUCCGGUGUGCUCCAUUCGGCAGCGGGUCGUGUACCCGGCGGCAGCGCACGAGAUGCUCCAGGUGUCGUGCGAGGUGGACGCGCACCCGUCGGCCGUCAGCUUCCAGUGGGCGUUCAACGGCAGCCUGCGCAACCACGAGCUUCAGACCUUCGUGUCCGAGGGCAGCCGUAGCGUGGCGUCGUACGUUCCACGCGACAAGGCCGACUACGGCACGCUCCUCUGCUGGGCCACCAACAAGAUCGGUCGACAGAAGGAGCCCUGCCGCUUCCAGAUCGUACCCAUAGGUCCUCCCAAAGCCCCGUACAACUGCACGCUGAGCAACCAGACGGAAGACGCGUUCCUGGCAGAGUGCCGAGAAGACCCGAGCGGUGGCGGCGGGAUGCGCCAGGUCUACAGCCUCGAAGUGCACGACAUCUCAUGCCACCGGCUGCUGGCCAACCUGAGCGCAGAGAGACCCGCGUUCUGGGUCCAAGGCGUGCCUGCGGGGCUCAACUAUGUGCUCGUGCUCUACGCCGUCAACGAGAUGGGCCGUUCGCAGCCGGUGCUGCUACGCGCAGAGGCGGCAGACCGCUACUGGGACGGCACUUCGCGGCACGGGAGCGAGUGGAGCGGAUGCGAGCAGAGCAACUCUCUCGUCGUCAUCCUCAUCGCGGUCACCUUCGCUGCCGUCUUCUUCCUCUUCCUGCUCGUCAUAGUGGCACGCUGCCGGACCAAGAGGCAGCGCGUGAAAGCCAACGCUGGCGACAAAAUUGUGCAAAACGGAAAAACGUCCCCUCGACCAUGCGACGGACCAGUCAACAUGACAACCUUCAACUGCGUCGAGGGUGACGACCUCCGUCCGACCGUGUUGGAGACGUCGCCGACAAAGCCGCCAUUCCACGCCGACUACAUAACCAACGUGAACAACCACACCCCGUAUUUCUGCCGCCAGAAGAUCGUGGACUUCUGAUAUCCGGACGUGCUCUCCGCGAGCAGCGGAAAUGAGGUCCCACGCAUGACUACCUUCGGCGGCGGUGCUACUUCGCAGGGAAACAGCGACACUUCGUGAAGGGAUGCUCCGCUAGAGGACGCAAGCUGACCAGUGGAAUCAAGGACUCAGGGUGGAGAAAGUGUUAAUGAUACCUAGUCAUUCAUGAGGGGUGGUACCGUGAGUGCACGAAUGGACGUUCACCGUACGAAAGUACCCCUGCGUCCGAAGAUAAUGGUUCCGUGGCUACAUUCGGGGUCUGCAAUUCCUAAGGAGACGUGGUAUAUUGGGCGAUGUUCGAAAACUGUCGACCCUGGUGCGCCGUCAUUCCUUGGAUGCCACAGUUCGUCGAAAAACAAUGGGCACCGACGUGGUCAGCAGGAAUUUGCUUCUGGAGCGCGUGACUACGCCGGGAGACACGAAGGAGUCUCUGAAAACUUUCACGAUGCGCCAGGUGUGCCAUGGUCCUUCUUACACUGGUGUGACAGUGGUGUGUGAACUGCAAGUUAUUCAUGCGCUAGCCAUAAUACUCUACUAAGGUGUUUGCUCGAGCCAUGUACUGGGAAAGGACUGGGAACGAAGCGUACAUUGCGCUGGUGUGCGCGGUUGACUGCCAUGAUGCCAAAAGAAAACAUGGAAGUGAACAUGAACAAUAGGUGCUGUGUCGCGGCCGAGACGCAUACAUACCGACGUAAAUACGGCGCGAGUGGAGAACAAAGAAUAUACUCACCUUACGAUAUACGUCCUAAAGACACUCACGUACUUGAGCUUCGCAGAGAGACGUUCCGUCGUGCUCAUUCUAUAGGCAUUUAAUGAUCUCUUGUGAUGUGUGCGGGCACAAACUCCCAUUCUAUCCAUCCCUUCGUGUCUAUUGAAUACUCACAGUGUGGCCAUUUUUUUUCCCGUAGUCCCCGCUGGCAUGAUUUCAUCCGGUGCGCUAAGCAAUUCAACUGCAAAGUGUCAGACAGCGCUAGCAGUCUCUUCUUACAUUCAACGCACUCGUAGUGACCAAACUUGCGGAAUGAACAACGUUUCGCAGAAUUGUAAACACUCGUUCUGAAUGAAUCCCGGAAAGAAAUUACGCUUAUGAGCUCUUCGUCAGUGAGAACUGAAGAAAUGGAGAUUAUAAGAUGUGGUAUUCGCAAUCUUGCGCAACUGUGGGGUUUCUGACGGCGACGUUACCUUCAAAAGGUUGUGCGUAAUGCAUGGCUUAUCCUCCAUGGCAUUCGCUAGAUGUGCAGAUAAAGGUACUGCGGAAACAGGCCUAGUCACUGUGACACGCAUAACAGGAGCUUGUGUACAUGGCCGCGCGAGGAUGUUUUGAAUCAACAUUUAGAGUACAGUUCGUAAAGUGCCGCUUGAUGGCACUCGCUCGGACGCGCAGUUCGAGCCUGAAGUCCUGGACGAGACAGGACACGAUGGAGAAUACAGGCCAUGCGAGGCUACGUAGGAUGCAGCACCGUGUUGUAACAUGUGCGGCAAGCAGGCUUUCCGUCCUCAUGGAACGUCUUGAAAGCGGCCUCAACACCGUUCAUUCCAAACCCUUCCUCGUGGACGUCGUCUUAACGAGUGACCCUCGCGCGCCGUUGUCUCCAAUCGCAGGCAGGAUUUCGCGAAAUUUGCAGGACCUCGCUCAAAUGUCGUGUUUCCCUUUGAUUUCUGUGAUUGACUGAGAAGGCGCUAUUUUGUCAGACCACUGUGGAGCUGGCGGAUAGGCUUAGCUAGAAGUCAGUAUGUACAGAGAGGCCCAAAAAUGUGUACGGCCUCAACAUGAAAUAUGUCUGUUGUAGUGUUGCUUACUCUUAAUCUUCAUGUGUAAACUUGGCUUCGGUUGUAACACGACAUUAGGUAAUCACAACGGGCAUGGUUCACGUGCAGAACGUUCCAAUGCUGCUGGUGUAUUUGAAGACGGUAACUACAUCGCCCGCGCAGAGUGUUCUUCGUGGUAUUCAUAUUACAUCUGCAGUACGAUCCAACGAAGUUGAUUUUCGGCACCAUAUUUCAUAGGGCCUAAUCCCAGUUCGUAAUGGAAAAGUUCUAAAGCCAGGAAAACGAAUAAAAUUUAGCAGCUUCUGUUCAUUGCAGCCAGGUCCUGGGGCAGAUGCAAUCGCGAUUACGCUUUCCUGGCGGCUUAAAUGGUUGUGGCGCUCUGAGCGCAAGUCAGAAAGAAACGAAACUACUGUAAAAAUUGGGUUCAAGGUUACGCGUUUUCCCAGUGUCGCAGGGCGUACACAUUUUUGGGUCCUUCUGCAUGUCUGUUGCUCAGUGUCUCGAGUGACCGGCAUUUCGGGAGCAUAUAAUGGGCGCUAUCUUUGUGAAUGGUCAUUCUUGACUGUUCGAGACUAAAAAGUAAAAGAAAUAUUAACCGGGGGAAGUAGAAACCUGAACUGCACUGCGGCUGCUGUGGUGACCGCUGUUACGUGCGUACGAGAGUUCUUACGCGCGCACGCUGUACUUCGUGCGCCCGUCUGUACAUACUACAAUCUAUAUUUUAUACCACGCGCAACGCUCAUCGCGGCUUCUUCAUUGAAGUUAUCUCAUUUCAUGACAAUUACAGUCUCGUAUUGAUGGUGAGUACGAUAAAUUAAAGAGAAAAAAAAGAACAACGCGUCUAUACAUAUAUAAAUACAUAUAGAUAUCUAUAUACAUAUAACUGUACACAUUUCAGUGUGCGUGUCUCUGUGCUUCAAACUUCGAGCUUUCUAUAACGUCCUCUCGUUGCCUUUCCCCUACGUUUUCUUUUCCGCAAUGUGAAGCUGUGGUAUUGCUUAUAUGUGAGAUAAAUUGUUUCUUAACUAUCGAGCCGCUUCACCUACGCGUUCUCAUAGUUUCACAACGGUUGACAAGCUUUCCAUCUCACUCUAGGUGCAUUGCUCACUUCGUGAUAAAGAAAAAGAAAGAAAACGUAAUUGUGCUUCUGUUCUGUUUCGUGUGCGAUACUUAUUUCGCAACGCAUUGCGAGUGAGUCCGCGCUCUCACGAACACUACAUCUACCGCGUUCGCUAUGACUGUCGACGGGGCUGCAUGCAUUUUGCUGUGCUACUCAGCAAGGAGCUUGUGCACCGCAACAGUCCAGUGCACCCUCGCGAAAAGAAGGCGUGGAAAAAAAAAAAAGAUGCAUCGACACAAUCAGGUUGAAGUGUUAAUAAACAUGCCAGUUAAAAGAGAGA